AUGGGUCGCAUCAAGCAGGAGAAGCCAGUAUUUUAUGAGGAGCUGGAUGAUAGAUCCUUCCGCACCCAAGAAUCUGCUACGCAGCCGAGCCUGUAUUCUGGUUAUCGUGGGGAAAGAGCCAAUGCCCCUACGCCAUCCGAAAGAAGGUUUGAUGAGCCUCCAUUGAUGCUUCAAGUCAACGAUAGGCGGAUGGCUCGACCUCAGGAGCGACCCGUCAAUCCGACGGAGCCCAUUCCCUUCAUGAAUGGGUCUUUUGAGCGUAUCGCCAAGAAUUUGCAGUAUCUUAACGACACACUUGGAGACCUUCAUUCCCUUGGAAUUCAGCAUGACAUCCAAUUGCCCGAACUCGUUUUGGUGGGAGAUCAAUCAGCUGGCAAAUCGAGCCUCAUGUCCGGUCUGGCUGGCAUCAAUCUUCCUCGCAGCGGAGGCGUCUGCACUCGCUGUGUAACCCACAUUCGAGUAUCUCGUCACCACACAUGGCAAUGCCGCGUGUCUUUACGACAAAAGUAUGGUUUUUUCCCGCCGGAAAACGGCCUCGUCUCGCCGGAUAAUGUGACUCCUGGUGACAAGUUCCCUCCUUGGAAGCCUGUUCAUGAAACAACGCUUGAUUUCAAGACUCUCGAUAGACCCGACGAGAUUGAAGAGACACUCCGAUGGGCGCAAAUCGCCAUCCUCAACCCCGGAAAAUCCCAUGAGCAGUACAUUCCUGGCUCUGGCCAUGCUACUAUUGGUGAAAACGCUUUUGAGAGAGCCGCCGAGAGCACCGAAGCCAAGUUUUCUCCCAACGUCAUAUCACUCGAGAUUAAGCACCCUGAUUUUGCGGACCUUUCUUUUUAUGAUCUUCCCGGAGUUUUUGUCCGCCCAGGAAACCCGGACGAGAACUAUCUUGUUCAGGUUGUCAGAAACCUCGCGGAGACUUACAUCCGGCAUCGGGAGGCCAUCAUUAUCUGGGCUGUGCCGAUGAAUCUUGACCCGAUGAACUCGACCAUGUCUAAAAUCAUCGAGGAUUCGAAUGCCUUGGAUCGUACCAUCGGUGUGAUGACAAAGGCCGAUCUGUUACCCAAGGAUGAAGGAGCCCUUCGCCAGUGGUUGACCAUUCUCAAAGGCGAAAGCCACGUUACCGGUCAUGGAUACUAUGUAACUUCUCGCGUUCCAGAUAAGACGUUGGAGGAUCAGAAUCGCUGGGAGGAUCACUUCUUCGACCAAAAUAAGCUAUGGCCUCGCGAGUUUAGUGCAUACCGCGACCGUUGUGGGUUGAAACAGCUUCAUUUCGAUCUCUCGGACAAGCUAGGUGCAGCAUUUGCCAAGAGUCUACCGACGAUCAAGAAGAAGAUUGUCAACAAGUUGUCCAGUCUGCGACACCAACUGGAGUCCCUGCCCGAACUCCCUGCCAACGUCGAACUGGAGGUUCGGACGAGCCUGAGAACCUUUAUUGACUUGGUAUUGUCGAGCCUGCGAGGGAACGAAUUCUCAUCUACCUAUCAGCGCCUCGGAGAAGCCUUCCGCAAUUGCCUCAUAGCUAUGAAGCCAAAGAUAAACGUAAAGACGGACGAUCAAAUCAUUGAGAUCAUCGAUGACGAUGACACCGAGGAUCAGAGCGGCCCUGCGCCGAACUCUAAGCGUAAGGCAGCACCGAAUACGCUUCCUUCCGCACCUACAACGCCAUCCAAACGUGCACGUACAGGCAACCCUGGACCCAUCAAGCGAGAAGAUAGCUACGGACGCAUGGGUUCGGUCACACCUGGACCUAGCGCUGGCGGCCCUAGACAAGGCAUGGAAGCACCUGGCCCAUUCGCAGAAUUUGGCCCUCCACCAACGCGGAAACUGAGAGAGAUCCGGGAUUCGAUUAUACGUCAUAAUCGCGCGGGCCAACCUGGACUUGUUGCCGGUGCUGUUUAUGAAGACCUUUGCCGGCAAGCUUUGACGCCUUGGGACGGCCCCGUCCGCAAAUUCCUUCACCUUGUCAUGAAGGAGAUAUCCGCCGUUGUGAACUCGGCUCUUGAGAGGGCUUUUGCGCAGCUGAAGAAGCGCUUGAUUUACAAGAGAGCAAAAGCAAUCAUGUCACUGUUUUUGAAAGAGCAGAAGGCGGAAACCGAGAAGUAUCUCAUAAAGACACUCCGAAUCCACACCCGCCAACUGUUUACUCUCAACGAUGAGGAGUUCAAACAAUACCGACGAACGGAAGAGAACAUCCUUCGCCGGCAUCGUCACUACGUCCGCUGGCAGAUGGCUACCAACGAGCUGCCCCCCAAAGCUUUUGCGCCGCUCGAAACCCUUUCAGCGCAGGAGAGGGACCAAGAUGAGAAGCGGAGAGCCACUCAGAUGGAGAAAAUGGGCAAAGAUCCAUACGAGACAGAGGUGGACGUCUUCGGGUACGUUAGAGGCUACUAUAGACUCGCCUCUGCUCGAUUGACUGACGCUGUCGGAUUGAUUUUGCAUUCCGACCUGAUUCCCAAUAUCGAGGACCAGCUCGCGAGAGAUUUGCACCUUGAUCGGCAACUUCAGGUUUUCCCAAGUGGAGAGGCUGGCAUUUAUGACAUUCUCAUGUCCGAAGACGAGGCUACGGCGAGGCAGAGGGAAGAGGUGCGCGCCGAUGUUAAGAAGUUUGAGCGUGCCCUUGAAUCGAUCUCUCAGCUGGAGGGCCGUAGUAGUUUGGAGGCUCGCGAUGGCGAGGUGGACGACGACCACACGGUGGCCUAG